AUGUCUGGCGGAAAAGGAAAAGGCGGCAAGGGCAAGGGCGGCAAGGGAAAGGGCGGAAAGGCAUCAGCCGCUGUCGAGGGCGCCCAGCAGUCACAUUCGAGCCGAGCAGGCCUGCAAUUCCCCGUGGGCCGUAUCAAGCGAUACAUGAAGAAGAGCGUACAGAACAAGGUGCGUGUGGGAGCCAAGGCGGCCAUCUACAUUGCGGCGGUGCUGGAGUAUCUGACUGCUGAGGUUCUGGAGUUGGCGGGUAACGCUGCACGUGAUCUCAAGGUCAAGCGAAUCACUCCUCGACACUUGCAGCUUGCCAUUCGAGGAGACGAGGAGCUGGACACCCUCAUCCAGGCCACCAUUGCCUAUGGAGGAGUCAUGCCCCACAUUAACAAGGCUCUGCUGCUCAAGGUGGAGCAGCACAAGAAGAAGUAA